UAAGGCUUCAGCUGUUUCACCCCGCUCGAUAGCAUACGAACAACCGGGGAUUCAAACUAGACUACAAGAUUUCUGGCCCUAACAAAAUGGCUGCCCAAACAAAUUCGCCGAUUCCACUCAAACGCCUCGAGCAAAUUGCCAACGAUGUGUGCAACAGUGUCCUCGAAAGCGUUGAAUUCUAUGAGCAUCCUAAGACGGCGCAGUGGAACGAGACCAUUAUUAACAAGAUGCUCAAAGCUGUGAUGUCCGAGGCCACACCCCAGGGUGCCACCGCACCGGCCUACAAGUUUGCUGUCAACAGCACCAUCUUCCAGCACGUCGUACCGACAUCCCAGCUCAACAAGCCGACGGCGGCAUCAACAGAGGCUGAUGGGACGUACAAGAAGGGCCAGGCCGGGCGGCGAGGCAUGCACAGCGCAACGGGCGGCUACUGGAACGAGAAGACCGAUGGCAUGUGGAGUUUCAAGUGGGACGGUGAAGGGAAGGGUAUGGACGUUGUCAUCAUGCUUAUCUGGAUUGCUAUCUAGGAGUUUGGAGUUUGGGUAAGAUCUUCGGUAUGAGGACGUCGAAGACACCCACAGUCUCCCACGGUGGCCUAUCCCGCCAACAGUCGAUCCGCGGGCCCAACAGAUGUCCUUGUGAGCCUUGGUCUCGGACGCAUUAGAGCUCCAUAGAGCUGGUGGUAUAUAGGUUCUGUUGAUGACCCUUCCCGGAUGUGAGCGCUGCCAUCGAUAACGCAACAUCCACCAACGCACCAAGACGUGUAUUGUAUCUAUCUAAUAUGAAAACCUGUUUGUCAUGUUGCUGCAUA